AUGAAUGAUUUAUUUCUAGCAAUCUGCGUGACAGUCCUUUUUCCAGUUUCUAGUUUUUCAUAUUCCGAGUUUAAUUCUUUGUCGAAGAGAAUAAACGGGGGGCAUAAAUCGCCGCCCAGGCCAUUCUAUGUGGUGUGGGACGGACCUAGUGGGGACUGUGGAGGUGUGAUCAUUUCACCCACCUGGGUGAUCAUACCCGCAACAUGCGCCACUGACAAUGGCAAAACUAAGGCGUUGAGUCGCCAAGUAGUUGUGACGGACUACUCAAAAUCCAACUGGAAGACAACACAACGGAGGAUUGGAAUAAGAAAAGUGAUCCUGCCACCAGGAGGAAUGAAAGCGUACUGGGAUAGAAGACCCGCUUUGAUCCAACUAUCCAAGUCAGUCGGUCGAAGCAAGGCUAUCAAACUUUGUCUGGACGACUUUGGGGGUAGUCAAGUUGGAUAUUGUGGCAUGGGGUUCACGGAAAACUGGAAAAAACCGAGUGUUCUUCAGGAAGUGAUUGCAAAAGAUGUUGGCAAAAGCGCCUGUAAUAAAAAAGAUUUGAAUCUCAACACAAUGGUGUGCCUAAAAGACCAGGGUUCUCCCAACAUUGAAACCCAGGAAGACAUGGGUGCGCCUGCGUACGUGAUGAGAAAUGGACAACCCUACUAUCCCAGAGCUUGCACGAUUUCCGCGCUGCGAUCUUUAAUUGUAGAUGCUGAAAGUGAGGAAAACAAUGAAAAUAAAAUGGAAAAGUUCAGGAAAAAGGAAAAGAAGGAGGAGAGGGAUUCGAGGGGAAAUUAA